AGAAUCAUGAACAGCGUAUAGCGACGCGCAGCCAUUUUGGAAUCUGCAGCGUGUCGUCACUACGUCCCGGCCGGCGCGUAUCCAAGGAGACUGUUUCCACGGGAACGCAAGGGGGGGGGGCGGUGAGACGGUAUCCGAGGCGCGAGGCGGCCCAGGCGGGGUUUAGAUAAUAGACUUAUUAUAACAAUAAUAAUAAUCGAGAUUUGGACAGAAGGGAGGAUGGCUGACACACCAACAACACCGUGCGCUGAGGAGGACUAUGUUGGACAAAUUAAAGGAGGUCUGCGUCCUGCUAUGAGAAUCGUGCUGAUGGGCAUCAUUCACAAACGGCCAAAAAGUUUGAUGGUGACGUUGUCCUGCUCGCCUCGAGGAGAAGGUGAUGACGAGCAGGAGGGAGAUGUGGGCUUGCAGUUGACCAUCAAGUUCACAGAAAAGGCUGUGAUCCGAAAUUCCAAAGUCAAUGGGAAGUGGGGAACGCCGGAAAGCAUCCUCUCUUUCUUCCCUUUUGCUGCUGGAGAGUCUUUUAAAAUGGAGAUUGUGUGUGAGCACCAGCAGUUCCGGAUCCUGGUGGACGGUCAGCCGUUGUGUGGAUACAUGCACAGAGUGACCCAGCUGUCGUCCCUCACAUCCCUGCGAGUGGGUGGAGACGUGCAUCUCACCAAAGUCGCAUGAAAAGAAAGGAGACGCCAUCCAAAAAAAAAAACAAACACACACACACAGACAUAUGCACUCCUAACACACACAUAUGCACUCAUAAGAUAACUGCAAACGUUUGAUUUCCUAGGCUCUGUUAAGUAAAUGUCCCUCCUUUAAUGACCUUUGACAAAAAGAACACACGGAUUCUAAAGAAAAUAUUCCAAACCUGUUCCUGUGUAACUCUCAGACCUCAUGCACAUGUGUAUGGAUUUUUCUGGAAGCUCGUUUUCCUCUGUUUAAAAAAAAUGUCUGGAAUUAGUUAUUUCUCUUCAAUCCUCGAUUCUGAUUGGCCAGAAAUCAUUGGCUAAAAAUCACGAAAAAAGUAACCGAUAUUUGCAAGUUCACAUACUGAUCUGGAUAUUGACCCUUGACAUCAUUUCCUGUAAGCUUAAACACUGAGCCAAAAUGCUGCUGUUGAGCAGAUGAAGGCCAGAGGACAGAGAACACGCUGCUUACAAAAAUAUCCAUGUGGACGCUGCUUCAGUGAUGCAAAUGUAUGACAUCAGACUUAGUAAUCGUGCUUUUAAUUAAAUAAUAAUACAUUUUUUACACAUGCAUUUCCAAACUGCUAGAUCAGAGGAGGCGAAGAAAAUCUCAUACAUGUGCUACUCAAUGCUACAGCCUUGACCUUGACCUCGACCUCGACUUUUGGCUCUUUCGUAUUCCAACAGAAGUGCCUUGACAAGUGUGUGUGUGUGUGUGUGUGUGUGGUUACGCUGCCUUCAUGCAGGCAGUAAAAAUACAACCUGAACCACUUCAGAAGGCUCUCAGAGAGAUUUCUGAUGCAAUAUCUUACAUGGUGCUAUAGAACAGGGUGCCGUGUGUGUGUGUGUGUGUGUGUGUGUGUGUGUGUCACUUGCCUACAAAACACUCUUUUAACACUGACGUUGACAUAUGCUGCAUUAGAGGUCCCCUGUUCAUUUCUAUGUGUUAGCUUCAACAUGCCGAAUGCACGGCCCAUGAAAUCCACAUGUCUGUUUGAGGAAAAAAGAAAAAAGAAAACAUGUCUCUGAAGAUGCCUUUGUCUGAAUCUGAUUCUUAACGAAGACAAUAAACAUCUUUUUGCAAAUCUC